CCGUCAUCCAGAUCCUUUCGGUGAAUGAUCGACGUUGGACUACAAAUUGACUUGUACAUGCCCCAUGCAGACUGGCGUGAAGUCCUACGUUCUUUUCAUCAGGAGAACGCCUUGGGCAACCUGGCUCUCGAAAUUGACUCUGGCUAAAGAAAACCGGCGAGGGAAACGCCUCGUCCCCCCCGAAAGCCUCGUCUCGGGCACAAACAGGACGAAACAUCCUGGAAUCUCACAUCGGAUCACCACCGGCGACACUCGGGGACGUUGAAUCGGAUGACUGGGAUCCCGAGCCCGAUCAUCCCGAUGGUCUAAGUGAAGACUUCUUGAGCCAUCAGUACGACGCGAACGAGGAAAUCGUUAAUCGCCUGGUGAACUGCGGUAUCUUCCUACGUGCGUCGUUGUACUAGAAGAGGGGCAUAGAAAUCCGGAAACAGCUGAGCCGCCCUGGCUAUGACCUCGAGUUCAACUUUGCAGAGCAAGCUGCCAUGAAGGAGAAACUGGCCGAUAUCAAUUUGAGAAGUGAGACAGAAGAGGUGACCCUAGAGGCGAAAACGAGAGGCGUAGCCGCUUGUACCACGAUCUUGGAUGCCUCUACAUCAAACUUGGAAACCUCAAACAGGCCGAGACAUUUCUCAGUCGGGCUCUUAAGGGUCGAAAGACCCAGGAUCCUAUGCCAGUCAACUAACUUAGUACAAGAAACGGCUGACUUGUAUAUCAAAGCCUUGCAACUUGACGGAGCUCUCGAUGAACCACGAGGGGUGGAAGUCCGGGUAAACACCGCCGUCAUACCCUUGACGAGUCGCCCAGCAUCACCUCCAGAGUCAGAAGACAUUCCGGGCCCCAGAAGACCGUCGGCAAUGAGAGAACUGUCUCAGGCCUUGGCCUGGUGUCGAGAAAGCAGCUUCGACAUCGACACGUCGAGCGGCUUUCGGUUUGAAACUUGCGAUUUCAUAAGUCGUACAUCGCCGCUCCACAAAGCAAUUCAAGAUGAGAAUGUAGAUGUUCUGAGGCGGAUGGUAGGGCAUGUUGCCAGUCUCGAAACUGGCGGCGACCCUGGUAUCCCGACGCCGCUGCUAUUUGUGGCGUCAACGAAAAACCGCGAUUGUGUUGGCCUGCUGUUGCAAAACGGUGCUCGAGCCGACGUCCGUGACAGCACAGGGCUGAGUCCACUACAUCGGUGCCAAAGCAAGGUGGGGGGUGUCAACGUGGCUAAGCUCCUACUCAACAAUACCUCUAUUUUGCUGGACGUCAUCGACAACUCGGGCAAGACGGCUCUAUUCAUGGCUUGCGAGAUGGGGAACGAAAAGAUGGUUCGGUUUCCUUUAGAAGAGGGAGCCUACACCAACAUCUGCCAUCAGACAAGGCGAGGGCCGAUGUUGUCUCCCUACGCAAGUUGUACCAACCUCGCGCAAGAUUGGGAUGAUCAAGCCCUGCUAUCCCACGGAGCGGACCCUCGCCUCACUGAUGCCAAUGGCGCAAAUGCUAUUCAAGCAGCCAACAACGCUGGGUUGGCUGAAUCAGAUAUCAAGCGGCUCCUGCAGGAGCAUGGGUCGGCAUUUCCUCGACUGUCUAGUGAUGCGUCUUCGUCGACAACCAUUUUUACCAGAUCCUCGACUUCAAGUGACAAUGGUCCGCAUCCAUCAGGCCGGCGGAGUAAUCUCAUGAGAUUUUGGAGUAAGUCGGAGUCGUUCCAUUCGGGGAUCGAGUCCGCCGCAGAGGGGGGAGUAAAUGAGUAAAGUGGUGGAUCGUGGCGCUGCGUCGAUCAACUGGUCUAUGUUUAAAUACCCAUAUAGCAACAUACGAGAUGUGGAUUUGUGCAAUGCUGAAUAUUUGAAAGCAAAAGAUGCACAAAUAGACCAAAGUCUGAUGGGGCCGAUCAAUGUUGAAGGGUCAGUACUAAGUUGAUAUAGUA